CACCCUCGCAACCGACUUGUCGACUCGUGAAGUGGUCGUCGUCUUUACUUAUCUUCCUAGAUAGAUUUUGGGUUUCUGCUUGGGGGUCUGCCCUUUUUCUUCUUCACCUACGGCCACCGCUCUUUGCGCAGAGUCGGUAUCGGCACCGCAAAAGAUGGCGUCGACGAUGCUGAACACAACCAUCGCAGAUCUUGGCUCAUCGGCUUCCCUGACAACCGUCUUCGAGGAGGUAUCCAAGUACAAUGUUCACCUGAAUAUCUUGGAGCGCCUAUGGGCCUCCUGGUAUCUCUGGAUGCAGAAUGACACGAUCGCGACGGGUGUCAUGAGCUUCAUCAUGCACGAGCUCGUCUAUUUCGGCAGGUCCCUCCCCUGGAUCAUCAUCGAUGCGAUCCCAUACUUCAACAAGUACAAGAUUCAGAAGACCAAGGUUCCAACAUGGAAGGAGCAGUUUGAGUGCGCAGCGCUCGUCCUACUGAGCCACUGCACUGUUGAGCUUCCCCAGAUCUGGCUCUUCCAUCCCAUUGCCACCUACUUUGGCCUCGACUAUGGCGUCCCGUUCCCGCCUGCCUGGAAGGUUGCCAUGCAGAUUGCCAUCUUUUUUGUCAUUGAGGACGCCUGGCACUACUGGUUCCACCGGGCGCUGCACUACGGCCCUCUCUACAAGUCGAUUCACAAGCUGCACCACAACUACAGCGCGCCCUUCGGUCUCGCCGCCGAGUAUGCCUCCCCGAUUGAGGUGAUGCUCUUGGGCUUCGGCAUCGUCGGCACCCCCAUUGUCUGGGUAUCGAUCACCAGGGACCUGCAUCUUUUCACAAUGUAUAUGUGGAUCAUCCUCCGCCUGUUCCAGGCCAUCGAUGCCCACUCCGGCUAUGACUUCCCCUGGAGUCUGCGCCACUUCCUGCCUUUCUGGGCCGGUGCCGACCACCACGACCUGCACCACGAACGCUUCAUUGGCAACUAUGCCUCCAGCUUCCGCUGGUGGGACUACUGCCUCGACACCGAGGCUGGCGAAGAGGCGAGCAAGAGGCGUCGCGAGAAGAAGCUCGCCGAGCUCCGGGCCAAGAAGGUGCAAUGAAUGCUCGGUUUCUUUGACAGAGCGUGCAUUGGUGCAGGGCCAUGCCGUCCCGAAAUCAACUCAGUAUGAGCUGGGGUGAGAAACAAAUAUCCCGCCAGCUGGUCCGCUGCAUGAUGGAGAGAAUCCGACGAGGAUUCCUGGAAUGGGCAAAGAACACUUGGAAGCAACGCACUUAAGUGGGCCUGACGUCUGUGAUGAUGAAACGCGAAAAAUGGGGACUGCACCACUGCAGAAGGCAGAUGGAACGGAACGGCGCUGUCCUGGGAGAGAGCGUUGUUACCCGGAGGUCCCAUUAAUCCUUAAUACUUUACAGCACUCAUUUGUACAUAUGGCAUUACACACUAUCAAAGCCUUUAAUAAUACAGAAACCAAAAAGUUGAAUUAUACCUUGCAGACCCCUCAA